AUGCUUGACCACCUCAAACUCUUCAAGCUCGUAGUUGCUUCAGCCCUCGCCUGCGGCCAAGUCGCCCUGACUGCCAACUUGGGAACCUGUUUCAGCGGACCAAGCUGCUCUGGUAACAUUACCGGCGUCGCGAAGGGCAAGGCCGGACCCGGAGCAGUCACCAUCUUCAACUUCAAUUGCCCCACCUUUCAGCCCCUCGUAGGGGAGCCCUACGCUCACAAGGUGCAAGUCUGCCACAAGAUCAACGGUCAAGAAUGUACCGACUGCACCACCGUCAGUGUGAAUGGCUGCUACCCAGUGCCUGCGAGCCAGCAGUGGGUGGGAAUCUGCGUUGGCAAGUGA